GCAAAAGAGUUGGGGAGGCUUUUAUUCCGAAAUGGAAGUAGGCUCACAAGUGUCAGUGGUGAGAAGCAGGAAUGUUGUUUUGGAUUCAUGGACUGGCCCAGCUGAUAUUGUCAUAGAAGGGGAAAAGAUUGUGGGUAUUUACUCUGAGGAAAUCACAGCUCCUCAACACCAGAGUCAACAGAUCCUAGAUGUUGGGGACCUGGUGGUGAUGCCCGGUGUGGUGGAUAGCCAUGUCCACAUCAACGAACCUGGACGUACGGAUUGGGAAGGUUAUUGGACAGCAACGAGGGCAGCAGCAGCCGGAGGGAUAACAACUCUCAUUGACAUGCCACUGAACAGCAUUCCUCUAACAACUACACUAGAACAUCUCCAGACUAAACUCCAUGCUGCCAGAGACAAGUGUUUUGUCGAUACUGGAUUCUGGGGAGGUGUUGUCCCAGGCAAUCAGUAUGCACUACGACCUAUGAUUGAAGCUGGCGUCCCAGGAUUCAAGUGCUUCCUCAUUCACAGUGGAGUGGACGAAUUUCCUCACGUUAACGAAGAGGAUCUGAGAACAUCACUUGCUCAAAUGCAGGGUACAGACCGAGUACUACUGUUCCAUGCAGAAAAAGAAAUGAAGAAUGUGAAACCUCCUGUGAACAACCCUCGUGAAUACGCAACAUUUUUGGCCACCCGGCCUGAUGACAUGGAAGUGGAAGCAAUUCGAACAGUGAUAAAACUUUGUCUCCAGUACAGGGUUCGUUGUCAUAUUGUCCAUCUUUCUACUGCGAAAGCUCUACCCCUCAUAGAUGAAGCUCGCAAAGCAGGAGCUUUGCUGACCAUUGAAACCACACCACAUUAUCUCUUGCUGUCUGCUGAAGACAUACCAGAUGGAGCCACACACUUCAAAUGCUGCCCUCCAAUUCGGACAAAAAACAAUCAAGAACAACUGUGGUCUGCACUGAAAGCUGGAAAGAUUGAUAUGGUGGUCUCUGAUCAUUCUCCAUGCACUACUGAUCUCAAACUACUCAGAUCUGGAAACUUCCUCAAGGCCUGGGGAGGGAUUUCUUCUCUGCAGUUUGGCCUUCCCCUGUUCUGGACUUCUGCACAGCAGCGUGGCUUCACCAUACAGGACACAGUGAACCUGAUGUGUAAAAAUACAGCGAGGUUAUGUGGCAUGGAGAGCAGGAAGGGCUCUCUUGUCACCGGUAAGGAUGCUGACAUGGUAAUAUGGGAUCCUGACAGGGAGUUUGAGGUGACAGAAAGCUUAAUUCAUCAUAAAAAUAAACUGACUCCAUAUCUUGGACGCCAACUGAAAGGAGAGGUCUUUGCUACCAUUGUCCGUGGAAAGAUAGUAUAUCUGCAAGGAAAAUUUUCCAACAAACCUCUUGGAAAAUGCAUCUUGUCCAAUAAUAUUCAAUGAACUCGAUUAAUAUUCAUUUUACAACCAACCCCAAUUAAUGAGGAUCAACCUAUUCCAUUUCUCCGUCCACUUUUUCCAAGCAAACAUCUUGGAGGAAGAUCCUGAAUAGAAGUCUCGGCCCGAAACGUCAACUGUUUGUUCAUUUCCAUAGACGCUGAGGUGCUGUGUGUGUUGAUUUUUAUCUUAGAAUAUUUGUUGUUGGUUGUAAUGGACAACAGUUUAAGAUCUUUACAGGAUCUCCAAAAAAGAUCACCACCUCUACAAAAAAUGCGCAUUAUAUAGGAACAUUUCAAAAAUGUGGCAUGUGAAAUCCUACUGGCCCUACUGCCUGUCUCAUUUCAUUUCAUUUUUCAAUCCUUUUAUUGAUUUUCGAAUAAAGAAUAUACAAAUCAGAGGAGGAGUUUAGCAAACAGAUAAUAUAAGAGACAUAUAAACAGCGAUUAAAAAAGAACAGAAAGUAUAUAUUGUCAAGAUCAGAUAGGUAAAAUGUUACGCUGUUAUAAUUACAAUAUAGUAAAAAAAAACUCCAACUCCUCAUAGCAAUCAUAAAAAAAAGAUUGGAAACUUUAUUUGAUAAAGGGAAAAAAACCACUAACUAAACUAAAACAAAAAAAAGGAGAAAAGUAAAGAAAGGAAAAGAAAGAUUGGGCAGUCCAGUUGAGGAUAAAAUUAGAAAAAAGAGAAAUAGAAAAAGAAACACCCUUCCAGUCAUCUCUGAAUCUUCACGGAUCAGGAUUUUCCCCAAAGAGAGUAAAGAAGAAUAAAUAAAAUCAUGUGAAAAUAUUGAAUAAAGGGUCGCCAGACUUGUUCAAAAUUAAAGGAUGUAUCAAAUGUCCGGCUUCUUAUUUUCUCCAAGCUUAAACAUGAUAUAAUAGAGGAGAGCCAAUAGAAAACCGUAGGCAGAUUAGAAUCUUUCCAGUAUAACAAGAUAGCUCACCUAGCCAGUAAAGUUGAAAAAGCUCUCACAUGUUCAGCGGAAGCAGAUACUUUGCUUGCUUCAUCUGGAAUAAUCCCAAAAAAUGCUGUAAGUGAAUUGGGUUGAACAUCCACAUCUAUAACUUUAGAUAACAUUCCAAACACAUCCCUCCAAAAAUUGUUUAAGCUUACACAUGACCAGAAAAUAUGAGUUAGAGUAGCCACUUCUGUGUUACAUCUGUCACAAAUAGGGUUUAUAUUAGGAAAAAUAUGCACCAAUUUAUGUGUACUAUCUUAAACUGAAUUAAGGUAUGGCAAUCACAGAUAAAUGAAUUAUUGACUAGAUAAUAAAUUUUACUUCAUUGAUUAUCUGAAAGUGAAUGUUGAAGUUCUACUUCCCAGAUACAUUGAACCCUAUCAUUAGGUGACAUGCGAGCAUUCAUUAACUGUUUAUAAAUGAUAGCUAUUAAUCGUUUUUGAAAAGGUUUAAGCUGAGAAAUAGCAUAAGCCAAAUUUAAAGAACAGGUCAAGGGAUAAUUCAAUAAAAAAAUCACGUAAAAAAUUCCUAACCUGUAAGUAUCUGAAAAAAUGUGUGUUAGAGAUAUCAUAUUUAUCCAUUAACUGCAAAAAGGACAUUAAACAGUCCUGCAAAAACAGAUCUAAAAAAGUUUUUAUUCCCUUAAUUUUCCAUGUUAAAAAAGCCUUUUCCAAAGUUAAUGGUUUAAAAAAGAAAUUAGAAUAAAUAUUACUAGAAAGUAGAAAAUCAUUUAAUUCAAAAAAUCUACGAAACUCAAACCAAAUUUUUAAAGUACGUUUAACAAUUGGGUUGAGAGCUUGUCUACCUAUUCUGGAGAGCAAAAAUGGAAGGGGAGCUGCUAAUAAAGAAUCUAACGAAAACCCCGUUACUGAGUUUUCCUCCAACUGUAACCAUGAAGGGCGAUCUUGAUCAUCUACAUCAUAAAUCCAAAAAGUAAUAUAAUGAAUAUUAAUUGCCCAACAAUAAAAUCUAAAGUUUGGUAAGGCCAGUCCUCCAUCUUUUUUUGGUUUUUGCAAUAGAAGUUUAUUCACUCUAGAGCUUUUAUUAUUCCAAACAUAAGACAAAAUCAGAGAGGUUUUUUUCUUGAUUGGGCAGUUCUUUUGAUGGAUUUCUCUUUCGUAAGUGCGUCUCUCCUUCUGGUUGUACCGGCGCCUUUUGGUUUAAUCUGUACUUGAGUAACAUUUCUUUUAUAUAAUGUUAAAUUCAAUUUUAAACAUGGAUGUUAAUAAAAUUAAUAUAAUA